GGAUCACCUUUUUUCAGCUCAGUCUGUUCCUCACAAAACCCUAGCUUCGGUCUGUUCAGAAUCAGCAGCCCGCCGAGAAUUAUUUGCCACAACUUCAGCUCCGGAGUAGAGCUUCUAGAGGAGCGGUAUUUGUGAUCCUAUCUAAAAGAUGAAGUUCAACAUUGCCAAUCCCACCACUGGGUGCCAGAAGAAGCUUGAGAUUGAUGAUGAUGCUAAACUUCGAGCAUUUUGGGACAAGAGGAUAUCACAAGAAGUUAGUGGAGAUGCGCUGGGUGAGGAGUUUAAGGGUUAUGUUUUCAAAAUAACUGGAGGAUGUGACAAACAAGGGUUUCCAAUGAAGCAGGGAGUGUUAACUCCUGGCCGUGUCCGUCUCUUGCUGCACAGAGGAACUCCGUGCUUCCGAGGCUAUGGAAGAAGGAACGGAGAGAGGAGAAGGAAGUCUGUUCGUGGUUGCAUUGUCAGUCCAGACCUCUCUGUUCUUAACUUAGUUAUUGUGAAGAAAGGUGAGAAUGAUCUUCCAGGAUUGACUGACAUUGAGAAGCCAAGGAUGAGAGGGCCAAAAAGGGCUUCAAAGAUUAGGAAGUUGUUUAACCUCUCCAAGGAGGAUGACGUACGUAAAUAUGUUAACACAUACCGCAGAACCUUUACGACCAAAGCUGGCAAGAAGGUGAGCAAAGCUCCCAAAAUUCAGAGGUUGGUUACUCCCUUGACUUUGCAAAGGAAGCGAGCGAGGAUCGCAGACAAGAAGAAGAGAAUAGCCAAGGCCAAGGCAGAGGCUGCUGAGUAUCAAAAGCUGCUUGCCAGCCGGUUGAAGGAACAGCGUGAACGCCGCAGUGAGAGUUUGGCUAAGAGGAGAUCUAAGCUCUCUGCUGCAUCUAAGCCAUCUGCUACUGCUUAAUCCUGCAUUUUCAAUGUUCUGUAGUGUUUCUGCUGGGUAAAUCGGUUUCUGAGAUGUCAUGGUGGACUUCGAUAGAUUUUAUUCUUCCAGAGUUAAAUUUUGUUAUUCUUCUCGACUUCAGUACUAGUAUGGAAACAUACUAUAUGUCAGCUUUAUGAAUCUUUUGUAGUUAUUGGAAGCUUAAUACAAAUUUUCCCUCGUGAUUUUGAUCCUAAA